UUUCUUAUUUUGUGAGUAGGGAGCGCCUUCGGAUUCAACGUGUUAAUUCUUUCAUGACUAUAGGUUUAUUCUGCUUCCGGGACGGAAGCAUGUGUUUUUGAAUUUUGAUACAGAAAAAUAGAAAAAUGAGUGAUUUAGAAUUUUUAGACGAUACAGAGCAAGAUGUAUCAAAAUUUCAUUCUAAAUUACUUGAUGCGGUAUCGCAGCUUGAUAAAGGACAAAGGGUUAAAAAGGCAGAAAGAAGUGAACCUACAUUAGAAGUAUCAGAAUUUCAUUUGGUAAAAAGUGGAAUAUCUGAUGUAGAUACUGUUCGAGUACAUGAUUUAGCUAAGGUGUUAGGUAAAAAGGGUCAUCAUCUUGAUGUUACUAAAAGCCUAGAAUCUGCGAAAAGAAAGAUCCGUGUUCUGCAGAAACCCUUGGAAAAACCUGCUGCAGAAAGAAUAAAACGCAUAGUUGGUUUUGAAAAUGCAAAGAAAGAAUUAAAGAAAUGGAAUGCUAUAAUAACAAAAAACAGAACAGCAGAAACCCUUCACUUUCCUUUAAACCAACCAUCAAUGAAAUUAGAACCAUCUAAAGAAUUUGUUAAGAGAUUUAGGAUACAGUCAGACUUAGAAAAAGAGCUUGCUUUAUUGGAACCACAAAAGGAAAAUAUUGAACAGAAAGAGGAUACAUUAAAAUUGACAUUAAACGAAGUUAUUAUGAGAAGAAAAGAAGCAGCCAGAAUUAGGGCACAACAGUCUUAUAAAGAAGCAAGGGCUCGUCGUCAAAACAAAAUUAAAAGUAAAAAAUUUCACCGUGUUCAAAAGAAAGAGAAAAUAAAACUACAAUUAAAAGAAUUUGAGCAGUUACAAAAAACUAAUCCAGAAGCUGCAUUGGAAAAGCUUGAGCAGUUAGAUAAAACUAGAGCAGAAGAACGAAUGUCACUAAGACAUAAAAAUACAGGGAAAUGGGCUAAAUCAAAGCUAAUUAUGGCAAAGUAUGAUAAAGAAACCAGACAAGAACUUGCACAACAAUUAUCAAUUAGCCGAGAAUUAACACAAAAGUUAAAAAAAUCGACUGAUAGAGAAGAAGAUGAUGAAGAAGAGGACGAGAGUAUAAAUUACACUGCAUAUUUGCGAUCAUCCAAUGACAAAGAAAAUCCAUGGAUUAAUAACACUAAAAGUGAAUCAGAAAUCGAUCAAUUUAUUAGCAGUUAUCGUAAAUAUUGGGAUGAUCAAAAGAGCCAAUUCAAAAAUCAACAGUCAGAUACCAUUAAUAAAAACAAAAUUGAAAUUGAAAAUAAACAAACAGAAAUUUCUUCAAAAAAUUUAAAAGAUUCUAAUAUUUCCAACAUUACAUUACAUUACAACACUGUGUCUAAAACAGAAUCUCCAAAAAUUCAACACGUUCAAGAAAUACCAAAACAGAAAUCAAAUAAUCAAAUAACUCCAUUAGAACAUUUAAAGGCUUCUACUUUUCAAGAUCAAAAUAGUACUUGUAAUGUGGAGUCAUUUAAAAAACAAAACCAUAAGAAGAAUGAAAAAAUAUUGGCUUCUAAUGCUGAAACUAUAAAACAUAGUUCAUCUAAUGUCACUAUAAAGAGGAAAUUAUCUAACAACAAUAAGAAAAUGGAUAAAAAAGCUAAUUUACACGCAUCAAAUAAUAUUACAGCUACUUCCGCUUGGAAUGUGGAAUUCUUAGAAAAUAAUCAUGCACCGAAUGUAUCUAAUUCUUUAACAUCUGGUCACUCGAACACUGAAAAAAUAAAUAAAAUGUUUGAUGUUAUGGAAGACAAAAUGAAUGAUCGGAUUAAAUUGAAAUUGCAACAGGUUACUCAAAAAUAUAUCACAGCUAAAAGAAAGAGUAAAUUUAAGAAUAUUAUCGAGGACGAAAAAGAUCAUUUUGAUGGACUUGAAAUUCAAGCUAAAAAUCGGAGACCUAUCAUAGAUUCAUCUUUAAUCGAAAGUAUCACUAACGGAAGUUUAGAAUUAGAUACUGAAUUACAGAAUUCUAAAAAUAUUAAAUACGAUAAUGUAUUAUCUGUAAAUAAAUCAAACGCGUCUGAAGUAGAAAUAGAUCCAAAUAAGUACAUAAAUGUAAAACCUAAGCAAUUAAAGACAGAUAUCCCAGCUGAUAUUUUAGAAGGUAAUGACGCUUUGGAUGAUGUUGAAGAUGAAGAAGAAAGGUAUAAUGUAAUAAGUGAAGCGUUUGCGGACGAUGAUGUUGUAGAAGAAUUUAGAAAAGAAAAAGAACAAGAGAUAGAACAGUCUCGACCGAAAGACAUUGACUUAACUCUACCAGGUUGGGGUAAUUGGGGUGGAAAGAAUGUAAAGGCAUCAAGACGUAAAAGAAAACGCCUUAUUAUAAAAGUACCAAAAGAUAUACCUCGUAAGGAUGAGAAUAAAGGUGAUGUAAUAAUAUUUGAAGAAGAGAAGUCUAAAAUAAAGCAACAUUUGGUUAACGAGUUGCCGCAUCCGUUUACAACUGUUCAAGAUUAUGAAGCUAGUCUGAGAAUGCCAAUUGGUAGAAACUUUGUACCAGAAAAUUCAUUCCAGAAAUUAAUCAAACCUCCUGUUAAAACUACCCUGGGAAAAAUUAUCGAACCAAUGAGUGAUGAUGUAUUAAUUAAAAAACAAGGAAACCAGAAACAAAAAUUUAUUCCUAAGAAAAAGAAAAAAAUAAAAUAGAUAAAUUUAUAUCAUACAGUAAUUGUGUAACAAUUAAUUUUGAAUGAAUAACAUUUAAAUUUGAUUCUGAAAUGUACUUUUUAUCA